AUGCACAAGUGCUAUACGUGUAGCAGAUCUGUGCACUUUGCACGUGACGAGGUGUGUCCUGCGAAGGGAAAGCUGUGUGCUUAGUGUGGCAUGAGAGGGCACUGAGCAACGUGUUGCAGGAAUGAGGCGGAUGGAAAACGGAAAUUGUGUAACAGUGAUGGAAAAGGAAGUGGGAGUAAUAAUUGGCGAUCCUGUGGUGCUACUAAUGGACGUAAUUUAAAACCAAGGGGCCAACAAGUUAAUCAAGUGGACUACGACAGUGAAGAGGAACCAUUUGCCUUCCCAAUUAACUACAAUGGGGAAAGGGCCUGUGAAGAUAGCGUUAUUGCAGUGAAGAUUAAAGGCAUCGUGACAAGGAUACCAGUUGACUCUGGAGCACAGUCAACCGUGCUUGGUGAGCAGCAGUUUCAUAACCAAGUAAGGAAUGGCCUCAAAGCAAAUUUAAUGCCAGAAGAGAGGUAAAUUUGAAGCUACGUACAAUUGAAUGUCAUGGGCAAAAAUAGUGGAAACGUUCUCGUAACACAGGGAGAAGGGCGGUGUUUGCUUGGUAGCCUAGCUGCUAAAAAGUUACAGGUGCUGAAAAUUAAACCGGAUCUGGUGAACGUGACGACAGUUUAUUCCAUAAGCAGUGAUAUCAACGGUAUUGUGAGACGUUUUCCAAAGGUGUUCUCUGGAGUUGGCAAGUUGUCCGGGUACCAGCUCAAGUUGCACAUCAAUCAUGAAGUUACACCAAUAGCACAGAAAGGGAGGUAG